GAAGCCUCACUCUUGUAACAACAAAUGUAACCACAUUCUCACCACCAGGACGAAUCAACAUGUUCUCCCCAUGUCGCUUUCUUUUCGGUAACCUAUCAUAAUGCACGACCAACUAUGUGAUUCGACAAGUAUCGAACAAACAAGUUGGAAACAGGUGCUCUGCUUUGAAAGGAUCACUUUUCACGGGCGUCCAAGUCCAAUGAAUAUUGACGUUCGUGUCCAUGAUGGGGAAGACGCUUCUCCGUGGGCUAUAAGCAGACUAGGAUGAGAAUAUACAAAUGAAGAGGUAACUCGGCCACCAACUUUUCCAGCGGCAAAAAAUAAAGGUAAUGAGAGGGGAGUUCUGUUUUGCUUUGCCCUUGUUUCUUACUUUAUUUUGUGCAUUUGUAUGUCCAAAAUUUGCUCCUUUAGCAACAAACAACCUUCAAACUUCUUCUUUCGUCAGUUACUUAUCGUAUGAUUGCGAUCGUAUAAGAGCUACUUGACUAUCAAGCUCAUAAUUCUGAAGUUCAUACUUCACCAGCAGACAGUUCUCGACCGCAGCAAGACAACAUCAGGAAUGCACCGCAAACUGGGAACAUCGACAUAGACCUUCAAGCGAAUGUACGAAUCCGUAAAGACGGAUGAUCAUUUCUUUGCAACUACUUUUCGAAGGAUUGAAGCUAGAAUCUCAUCGUUUCUCGGAAAUUGACAGCAGGUUUGUCUCCUUCACGAUCAAAGCAAUCUAUUACACGACAGCACAUCAUCGAGGUCUAUUUUUUAUAGCUAUUUUCUCUACCUGUCAUCUUAAAGGGACGCAAUCUCACAAUGAUUUCUAAUUUGGCUCUGGAGUACAUUUUUAAUCAUAUCUUUCUUCCUCCAAAAUUACCCGACAAAGAGGAUGAACGAGAGAAAUAUGAUGUUGUACUUACGCAACUAUGUCAACAGGAGCUUCAGAACUUUCAUGAUUACUUACCAAGUCGUCAAAGGCCACCAGUCAAAAGAAUGAUUGGGAUGAUAAAUGGCCUGGUUUUUGAUCCAUCUGCUACUACCACAUCAUUUUCAAAUAUUAUCAAAAGUUUGAAAACAAUGAAAACCGAAGGUGUUUGCGCUUUCCACAUUGAGGCACAAAAUGCAGGAAUGAUAAUUCGACGACUCUCAACAGAGUAUUCAUUCGAGAUGUUUGAGUUGUCCCCAAGGAAUAACGAUGUCAUGGCGAAUGCCGGACGAUUACGGAGAUUUUUCCCGGGUCCCGCAAUAGCUAUUCAUCAGGACCGCAUUCACGAAGAAUCAUUCCAGGAAGCUCUAUCUCAGUGCAUUGAAGAACUCUCGCGAAAGACGCCAAACAUUGUCCAAGCGAAAACGAGUAAAGCACACGUAUCUGACAUUGAAAUUAGAGACACAGUCGAUCCAUCCCUCAUAACUAGCAUGCUUGCGGAAUCUCUGCAUGCCAUUGGUCGUCGUAUUGAUGUCCAUCGCAUUCAAAAAAGAACCCGUGAUGUCGUUCAGUGGAAAAAUUGUCUUCAUCCCUGGCGUCGUUCACCCCUUUGGCUCUUUAUCCGAGUCUGCCUUCAGACUGGACUUAUGAAACGAGAUUGUAAUGAUUCAUCACACCACCAUUACAAAACUUUUAUGAUCUUUUUCAUGUGCCAGAUUCUAGAACGCGCACUAGAGUUUUCCAUGGCUAGAGAAAUGUUGUUCAUAAUGUCGAUGAAGAUACAACGGCGCUUAGUCAAACUUGAAAGUUCAAUUAGCCGUGGGCUACAGCGGCAGAUACAAGCGGUAUUGUCCAAAGUCUCAUCCUACUUGAAAAACAAUGUGCCAAUGCUGUCAUACCAAAUAUACCCUGAUAUCGCUGCACUCAACCUGAUAGACGACACAGUGCUUAGCAUGAACUGCCUACGACCUUACCUUGACAGUCUAUCGAUGCGAAAUCAAUCAAAAUUAAAACACGCAUUUGCUGAACCUCGUUGUUACUCUCGAAUAGUUCAAUCGAAUACACAACUCCCGUGUAUGAAUACCGUGUCUUCAAGCUUCAAAAAUAGAGAGGUAACUCGCUUGCAUUUAGCAGAUGUCGAACUGUGGGUUCGAGAUCAUCUGGCUAGUUGGCUGGGUACACAUCAAAUGGUGGAAUCAUCUUGUAUCGCUCUGGCAAAGCUCAUGUCUACCUACCAGGAAGUCUCUGAUAAAGCAUAUCAAGGGAUUCCCGAAGAUCAGUCCGUAAGAAUCUUAACGUUGAUGGAAUUAUGGGUCGCAUUAGACACAUGUACAACUUUACAAGAGCCACUUGUGAAAGAUUAUAAAUGCAGAUUUACAUCAGACUUGUUCGCUCCUCUAUUGUUACCUACCAAGCCAGAAAUGCUAAGAUUAGCAUCCAUCGAACAAUAUAUUACUGAUAGAAAUGCUGCAUCAUCCGCCAACAUGCCGUGUCCCUUCUCCAUAACGAAUACUGCAAAUAGUUUUCCUGUUCGCUACUUCGAUCAAUCGUCCCGGCACCAGAGAUUACUAGAGCGGAUUAAAUCUGACACUCGCUCUGGAUGUUAUGCAAAAGUGCUCGAGCUAGAGGAAAAGAUUCGACAGUUCAAUUCCUGGAAAGAAAGUGAUCAAUGGACCGUGUGCAGGAUGGAGAAGAUUAUUCGCGGUCGAGGUCUCCAACGUCGUGAAGUUGAUGUUCACGCGAGUUAUUGUCCGAAAUGCAUUGCAAAAGCUAAGGCUCAGCAAGUUACAAUUGACGUUUUUGAAUGUCCUCUACCAGAAAAUAUUUUAGAGGCAAAAUCGAUAAUAUUUGAGCUGGACGUGCCCGUAGUCUUUUCAGCUUGGCGCGAUCGAACGUAUGGCCUUCUAGUGGACAUAUUUUCACCAAAAUCAACAGUUUCUCAGGACAACGAUUAUUAUGAUUUCAGCAAGACUUUUUUGAAACAGUAUCUUCAGAAGCCCUUAGGGAGAAUUCGCUUAGGGUCCCGUACGAAGCCAUUUAUUGUUUCCCACUACAGGAACAAGUUCGUCUUUCAGGCUACAGUUGAAAACAUUCUGAAGCCAACUGGAUUGAACUACAUGGUUGUAGAUAAUGGCGGAUCUCACCAAGUAGCAGUCACGGGCGACUUUUGUGCAAAUCUGGGCAUCCGAAAGUUAUGCACGAUGAGAUUCGCUCCAGCUUUCAUGAAGCUAGAAGUCUUUCUAGAGGGCACUGAGUCUACUACCAAUGAAACUCUUGCAAAUCAAACAAACUGCCCCUCCGCAUUGACUUUGCACGAGUUCUAUCAAUUUGCAUCUCUUAGAUGUGGGCAUUAUCUUCAAUGGCUUAAUAUUCUGCGAGAGAGUGAAGCACAUUUACUUGAUUUAAACUCCGAUGAAGUUUUCCAAAUAUUGACGCAGGCCGCAUGGCAAGCCGGCCCCGCAGCUUGUAAGCUAGCAUGUCGAGAUUCACACCAAGACCUUGAGGACGAAAUUUUUUCAAUGAAUCUUUUACAGGCUUUAGGGGCAAUAGUCUCAAGUGUAGAGUCUAAUUGGCAGAAUGUAAAAACUAUUCGCGUGGUAAUCAUCCUAAGUACUCGGUUGCUUUGUGUCUCAUCUAAGGACAAAGUACACCAGAGUUGUCUUCAUCUACUCUUACGUAUUCAGGUCAUCACAAUUGCGUGGACUAGAGAUGUUGUCCGCAUACUCCGCGAUUGCCAAGAGGAAGAUGAGCUCGAAUCACUAAACAUCCGAGCCCUUGAAUUAGCAUUGGCGUGUCAUGGCUCAUUCGACGUCGAAAUCAAUAAUCUUGAAAUUAUGCUCAGCUCUAUCGAAACACAAACCAUUUUUAUGGAGAGCUUGAUCACAGUUCACGAUCGACGUCCUGCCUUGACUACUGGCCUCUGCAGUAUGAUUCAAUUUGCCUUGCGACGCUUUGAUAGAGUGAAUCAUUCCGCUGAAUCACUUAUGCGUGGCAUGAUAAUUAAUGAUGCCUCCGGUAUUGACAUGACCAUUCAAAAUCUCUGGUCGGGUUACAAACCUGGCGAUCCUUGGAAAGCACUUGGUCUGCCAAAUGAAAGAUGGCUCAGAACGAAAACAGCAACAUUUGAUGGCCAAGAAUCACUAUAUGUUGAAUUGAACAUUCUAGACGGAGAAUUGCUAAUUAAUGGAUCUCCACUUGCUCGUCUCCCUCGUGCUUAUGAAUCCCAUGCCACAUAUCAACGAAUCUUCGGACGGAAAAUGUUGGAUGUUGUCCCAUCAACAAUGCUCGGCAUGGCUUUUGAGACUAGUAAAGAUAUAUGCGGACAACAGAUUCAUUUCAAAAUGCUCGGCAAGGAAUUAGUGAUUCGAACUCGCAAGGGGGAUGAAUGUUUUGAGGUUAUUCCCAAGCAUAUUCUCACAAACGACUUCCAACACUCGUUCACAGAAAAUUAUGUUUUCAUGCGAAACGAUGAAACCGGUGUUAUACAAUUGAGGCCAUUAGAUAUGCCAUGGAAUUCCUCGACCAGCGAAUGGCAAAUUAAACAUUCUUCAAAGCGAGGGUUUCAAUUGACCAACGGCUCAAUGAUAUCCAUCGACGUCCGAAGUCCAACAGCAUAUGCUAUAUCACAGAUCCUUGGAAAUUUGGAAAUUUCAAGUCACAUUGACAUGAUUCUGAACCAGCAGGGUAAAACAGUGGAAUUACGCCUCCCCCGUUUUAAUCUUGACUUUUUCGUUACUGUGGGAGAUUGGAGGCUUCUUUCGAAGCAAUUUCGAGGAAUGUCUGUGGACAAAAAUCAAGAUAUUGGUACAUUCACUGGCUUGCUUAACAAAAUUGUUUUGUGCAGCAAUGAUAAUGCAACGCGAACUGUGAUUGUUCCAGACGGUGAGAUUUCAUUCAAGCGGAAAAAUGACUAUGUUCAAGUGAACAUCGAUACAACGUCUAUGAGCUCCUGUUCUUAUCACGACUAUCGAAUCGACCCUCAACUUGGCCGUCUGAUUGAUAAUGGAAGCCUGAAAACUUGUUUAUUUAGAUUAUAUCUCCAUUCCAUAACCUCGGAUGUUAUACCAGAUGCCCUCACAGGCAGAACGGGCACGGAAGAAGCACUGAAUGGAUUAAGUUCCUCAUCUGUUUGGUCAUUUUUCACGCUUUCCUCUAGCGAGAUAGGGUUAUUACUAAAGUUGAGAGAUUUAUCUCCACAAGUUACAUACUAUCCGGCACAUAAAAAAUCUAUGCAGAUGAUUUCGUGGAAAGACCUCCCAAUUUUAUCUCAACAUGAACGAUUCCGCGAGCAAGUCGACCUCAUCUUCACAUAUGCCAAGAAACUCGUCCCAUUUCAAAUUGGGUCCGAUAAGAAGCACCCGAUUCCCGAAUCAAACAGUCGUAGCAAUCCUAUUUUAAUUUCUGCGGCUAUUAUUAGGAAUGCUGUUAAUCGUGUCGAUGGCUUUGGGGCAGAGGAUUUUACUACCAUCAAAGAUAAAGAAUACGAUUCUCGUGACGGAAAUUAUGAUGCAAGUCGACGUGCCGAUAUAUACAGAAUCGCAGCAUUGGUAUGUUCGUGGUCACGGAACUUGAAAGUCAAUACUGGUUUAUUGAAAAUGAUAAAUUCUCUGUCAACUCCCAUUAUUGGACCUGGUGUAAUCACAAAAAAUGUCAUUGGAUAUGAUUCAAAGUGGUUAGAUACACCCCAGUCUUUCUUGUCUGAAAAUUGGUGUGCAAUUUAUCAGCAGCUAUCGGCCAGUAUUGAGAGUCGGGAUAAGUAUAAAAUCAUGAUAUUCUUGUCCACAUUGGUCUUCUCGAAAAAAAUCGAACAUUCACUUGUCCAUACAUUGUUAGCAUUUGCCACAAUAACAACCUUCGAUUACAUCAAAAUUCCUCAAUAUAAGCUUUUCCAUCUUUGCGAAGGGUACGAGCCUGACAAAAAUCAACUUAAAGAUCUUAUCGGCGCUCACAUAUAUCACCAUAAGAGAACACCUACAAGAAAACUCGUCAAGAAAGGAGCCGAGACUGAAUGGGACGUUGAUAGUCGGAGACAGCAGACUUACAUUGACCAAACUGAACAUGCCGUUGAAACAACCCUUAGGUAUCUUUUGCUGCAAUGGCCAACUGACGAACCUAUCACAUUUACGGAUAACAAUUGUCAAACAUACAUUGAUAUAAAAACUGCCACUGUUCAAGCUCAACCAAAAUUUUUGUCUUGGUUUAGAAAUAACAGAUUCAAGGAAUACAUCUUGCUAGUUGAAUCAGCUCUCAAGAAGUCAAAUUCAACCAAGUGUACCAAUACUCAGCGAUGGACGGAUUAUGCGAAACCUACCAAUAAAUACAAUCCUAGAUUAGGUUAUAUUGCCAUUACUGAUCUUCUCCAAAAUGAACCGCCAAAUUUCGCCGAUGUAAAUGGACUGUUCCAUUCCAAUCUACCUCUGGUCAAAAUUUCCAGACCUUCGGGCAAUGAUAAGAAUCAUACGAAGGUCGCGGAGCUCUUAAAAGAACUUUCUCGGCACACUUCUGGGGAUUUUGAGACUCAAUACAGCAGUCACUUACAACAAAGUAUCGAGGCUUUGCAUGAGAUACCAUAUUUUGAACUAGAUCCCAUGACAUCAGCUUACGAUUUCUCAGUUCAUUUGAAAGGAAUUCAGGCACUGACAGACAACAUGUACCUCAAAAUUAAAGAGCAGUUGUUAAGUUCUGUAAGUGUGUUUGGAGCUAUAGAAAAUUCGACAAUGCUUCCGCAUUUAUCUCGAACCACCAUUCUUGCUCUUAUCGCAAGUUCCUAUCCUAUAAAGCUCUCGCAACAGUGGAAACAGGCAAUUGUGCAUUUUGGCCUGGCUGUAACUACCCUGCAGCGUCUAAAGCGUCUGGUGGCUUGUGAAAAGAAAGCAGAACUUCUCAUGGAAAUUUCAAACCCGGGACAUCAAGGGUGGGACCCGUUGUUGAAUCCGGACUGGCUACUUCUUGAAUUGGAGAACGAAAUUCUGAUUCGCAAAGAUCAGGCUGAGAUCAGUAGUCAAAUGAUUGACCCAUCAUCAGGCUCAAACUCUGUCAUGCAGUUGAAUAUGGGACUUGGAAAAUCUUCAGUCAUUGUUCCAAUUGUGGCAUCGGCGCUGGCAGAUAAGAAAAAGUUAUGCCGCGUCGUAGUUCUGAGAGCGCUGUCUAGACAGAUGAGAGAACUGUUAGUAAGAAAGCUUGGUAACCUGAUUAAUCGACGUGUAUUUUUUGUCCCAAUAUCACGUGCCCUACAAAUCAAUGCCGAAGAGACAAAACAGCUACGAGAAAUUUACGAGACUUGCAUGAUGUGUGGUGGUGUGCUUCUAGUGCAGCCAGAGCAUUUACUGUCUUUUGAGUUGAUGGGCCUUGAGAUGGUAAUUUCUGGGAAUCAGGACGCAAAGAUUGUUGGUAAGGUGAUCAAUAGCACCCAAGACUGGCUACUCAGAAAUUGCCGGGAUAUCCUAGAUGAGAGUGACGAAAUAUUGAAGGUGCAUUUUGAAUUGAUUUACACUCUUGGCAGACAAUUGCCUAUCGAAUUUGCCCCUAACCGUUGGAUUUUAAUUCAACGGAUAUUAUCGAUAUUGACUUCUUGCAUUAAGAAACUUGAUCGAAAGUACAAAGAUGAUUUCGAAAUAGAGAAUUUGGCGGAUGAUGGUGGUACCUUUGCGAGGUUCAGGAUUUUACAACCGGCACUCGGUGAUAUACUUCUUGAAAGGGUGGUACAAUAUAUCUGCGAUGAAGGACUCCCUGGGCUAUCAUUAUUUCAUUUAACCAAGAGCAAUCGAGACCUUUUAUAUCGAUUUAUCACAGAUUCCAACAUGGAUGAAAAAGCAAUUCUUCAGCAUCCGGUAUUUGACACCGACUUCACGAAAAUGGGCCUUCUACUCCUUCGAGGUCUCUUUGCACACGGAGUACUACAUUUCGCAUUUUCUCAGAAGCGAUUUAGGGUGAAUUAUGGUUUAGAUUUGAAUCGAUCGUCACUAGCAGUCCCAUACCAUGGAAAAGAUGUGCCUGCAGCCGCAGCAGAGUUUAGUCAUCCAGAGACAACUAUCAUAUUGACUUGCCUCUCGUAUUAUUACGAAGGACUAUCCGAAAGCCAAGCAAUAAAAUGCUUCAGAGAGCUCUUUAAAUCGGACAACAGGCAAGGUGAAUAUGAAAAGUGGACCAGAAAUUGCCCCAAUAUUGAAACUAAAUUCAAGAAAUUAAGUGGCGUCAAUCUCAACAACAUACAACAAUUCUCUCAACAUGUAUAUGCCAAUAUAAGACGUUCCAAAGAGAUGAUAGAUUUCUACCUCAAUCACCUUGUUUUUCCAAAGGAAAUGAAGGAAUUUCCCAAGAAACUUUCUUCAUCGGGAUGGGACAUUGCUCGGACUAAAACCCACCUGCUUACUGGCUUCAGCGGAACUAAUGACAGCAAAUAUGUUCUCCCGCUCUCUAUAGAGCAACGAGAUCUAGCAGAUCAACUUUCAACGAAUGCAGAAGUACUCGCAUGCUUAUUGCAAUCUGAAAAUGAAUUCGAUUCCACGAUCAAGGGUGAAGAUUUCAAUGCUGAAAUCCUCCUAAAGCUUGCAGUAACGUCUAAACCGAGAAUAAGGGUAAUCCUCGAUGUUGGGGCACAGGUCUUAGAGCUAAGGAAUGAAGAGGUUGCUAGUAGAUGGUUAGCACAACUUCCAAUUAGUGAGGUACAGGCGGCGGUGUUCUUCGAUUCUUCGGAUGAGCUUUGCGUUCUGAACCGUGAUGGAGUGACCGAACCUCUCACUAUCUCGCCAUUCGCCAAACAGAUGGACCUAUGUGUGGUUUAUCUUGAUGAAUCUCAUACACGUGGAACAGACUUAAAACUACCAACGAAUUACCGGGCCAUCGUUACACUUGGACCAGAUUUGAACAAGGAUCGUCUCGCACAAGCAUGUAUGCGCAUGAGAAAGCUGGGAAAGGGUCAGUCAGUAUUAUUUUGUGCGCCAAAAGAUAUCAAGCGAAAAAUAAUACACUGCACAAAUUUGACUCAGUCUGAUCAAAUCGAGGUCAAGCAUGUUCUUUUGUGGUGUAUAAGAAAUACAUUAGACCAAGUUCGAAAGUCUGUUGUGCCUUGGGCAAUUCAAGGAAAACGUCAUUACGAACGACUUGAAGCUCUAGACGCAAACCCUGGUAUUGUGCCUGGAUCUGUUCAAGAAGACGAAGUGCAGAGCCUAGAGGAGAGAUACGGAACCGGCAAAGAAAAAGCUGACGGGCGUUGGCUGGCCGAUACAGCUCCUAACAAAGACAUGAAAUACUCCGCCGAGCUUAUCUCUAUUCGAAACAAAUGUGCACAGUUUGGUUUUAAUUCUUUUGCAGGUGCUAGUUUGUACGAAGAGCAAGAGCGUGAACUACAGCCAGAGAAAGAAUUGGAGAUACAGCGUGAGCAUGCCCCAAGUUUACCAGCUUUAAAACACAAUGUGCAUGCCGACGUCAUGAAUUUGGCCACGACAGGAAUUAUGGUACACAGCGCUCGGAGUGGAUUUUUACCCGCUUUUGAUAUAUUCAAGGAUACGUCUGCAAAAGGUUUGUUCGAUAUAUCCAAGUGGCCCAGAGAUCUUUGGGUCACUCGUGACUUUGCACAAACUGUGCGCAGCUUUGGUAAGAUCGAUUCAUUUUUACGUCCAGUCAACUGGGUCGUUACAUCUGAGGGCAAUAAUGGCAUGUCUAUCUGCGUAGUCUUUAGUCCUUUCGAAGUUCAAAUGUUACGCUCUGUCAUUGAACAAAACAAGAAAGUCGUUCUAAGCAUCUAUUCUCCACGCCUAAGCCUCUCUUCAAAGACAUUCGAGAGUCUUGAUGUUCACAAAAUACCAACAACUUCGAAGCUGCCAUCAAUUCGUCCACGGAUUAUCAUGCUUUUAAACCUUUUUGCUGGACAGUUAUAUAUUCGAAGCUACGAUGAAUAUAUUCGCCUCUGCCAAUUCCUUGGACUUUGUCAUUAUCCACCUCGAGAUGAUGUCGAAAUUUGUUCUGACAAUUUUGUCCCUAUACCAAGUCGUGCAUCGUUCGAUCCCGUCAUGGAGGAGGUUUGCCCUUUCAAGCAGAGUCCUGUUGAUUUUCUACAAAAAGUAUUUGCGUUGAGACGAAAAGGUCAGAAUUUUGAGGACUCGCAUAUGGGUAGGAUCUUGAGUGGAGAGUUAUUGAACAGGAAAGACUUCGACGAUGGUGAGAGUACCUUGGGUGGCAAGAAUGAAUAUUAAAGAUGGCGAGAGCUUCUGUACAAAUAUCUUAGAGUGGGGUUGAGAAAUGGAUAUGCGGAUUCUUAUUGGUCAUUAAAUCUUGCACUUACAUUCCUAUCAUGAUCACGUGCUGUAUCACAUUCAAUACUCUUAAACACCA